CCGACCGCAGUGCUGAAGCAUGGCUUGGUUGUUCUCUUGGAUGUGCAUUACUCUCUGUGUAGACAAGGCGCUGGGGAGCCAGACUGAUGAAGGGAAACUGUACUCUGAAAACAUCACCCGAAUUCUGGAUAAGUUGUUGGAUGGAUAUGACAACAGGCUCCGACCUGGAUUUGGAGGUGCUGUUACAGAAGUCAAAACGGAUAUCUAUGUGACCAGCUUCGGUCCCGUGUCAGACGUGGAGAUGGAAUACACAAUGGAUGUUUUCUUUCGGCAGACUUGGACUGAUGAGAGGUUGAAGUUUAGUGGGCCAACUGAAAUUCUUAGAUUGAACAAUUUAAUGGUCAGUAAGAUCUGGACACCAGACACCUUUUUUAGAAAUGGAAAAAAGUCAAUUGCUCAUAAUAUGACAACUCCUAACAAACUUUUCAGAAUUAUGCAGAAUGGAACUAUUCUCUACACGAUGAGACUGACCAUUAAUGCUGAUUGUCCCAUGCGGCUGGUAAACUUCCCUAUGGAUGGGCAUGCUUGUCCACUGAAGUUUGGGAGCUAUGCCUAUCCAAAAAGUGAAAUCAUUUACACAUGGAAAAAGGGACCUCUGUAUUCAGUAGAAGUACCACAAGAGUCUUCCAGUCUCCUCCAGUAUGAUCUUAUAGGACAAACAGUGUCUAGUGAAACAAUUAAAUCUAACACAGGUGAAUACGUAAUAAUGACAGUUUAUUUCCACUUGCAAAGGAAGAUGGGCUACUUCAUGAUACAGAUUUAUACUCCCUGCAUUAUGACAGUCAUUCUUUCUCAGGUGUCUUUCUGGAUUAAUAAGGAGUCUGUUCCAGCUAGAACAGUUUUUGGGAUCACUACAGUUCUAACAAUGACCACUUUAAGCAUCAGUGCGCGCCACUCUUUGCCCAAGGUGUCUUAUGCUACUGCCAUGGAUUGGUUCAUAGCUGUGUGCUUUGCCUUUGUCUUCUCUGCACUUAUCGAGUUUGCAGCUGUCAACUACUUUACCAAUCUUCAGACUCAGAGAGCAAUGAGGAAGGCAGCCCGGGCAGCAGCACUAGCAGCAGCACUAUCAGCAGCAACUGUACCAGCAGAGGACGAGAUUAUCUCGCAUUCUGAUUCCAACUGUAACCUAAAGAAGCGAAUGAACUCCACAACCUCUCAGACAGACCAGUCCCCUGAAGCCAGCAUAAUGUCCAAUAGUGCAUCUCAAGGUCAACCAACAUCUAUUCCCCUGCCAGCCCCACCACUGCCACCACCACCACCAGCAAUCGGAGGCACUAGUAAAAUAGACCAGUAUUCCCGGAUCCUCUUUCCAGUGGCAUUUGCAGGAUUCAACCUGGUAUAUUGGGUUGUUUACCUUUCAAAAGACACUAUGGAAUUUUUUGAACCCACUGCAAUGCAUCUUCGGAAUGACUAUCAGCCCAAUUGAUGUAUGCAACACAGGUUUGACAAAUCACUGACCAUCUUGUGGAGCUCAGUGACUUCAAAGGAUGAAUGUCUAUCUCUGCCUGCCCCAAAUGUAAAAUAUAGUGUAUUUAUGUGGGAUACCAUCUGGAAAUUUAGACUCUUGGCUGCUUGAAGUCUCUGUGCAAAGUUCUAAGGUGUUGAUUCAGAGUGCAAGCUCGAGUUCUUAUUUUGUUAAAUGGUUUAGGACCGAGAAUUAUACUUGUUCUAAUUCUAUUAUGAAUGUUUGAAGGUAAAUCUUGAAUCAAAAUUGAGAGUCCUUGUAACAUCUCCCUUAAGUACUUUUAAAGGUACUAAUGAAAACCUGAUUCUGAGCUAGCGUGAGUAGGCUCAGCUCCA